AUGAUUAUUCCAGUCAGAUGUUUCACAUGUGGAAAAGUUAUUGGAGAUAAAUGGGAGACAUAUUUGGGAUUCUUACAAUCAGAAUACAGUGAAGGUAAAAAUUAAAUGUUUACAUUUUUUGUAUAGUCGGUUGAUUUCAGGAGAUGCACUCGAUGCUCUUGGUCUUCGAAGAUAUUGUUGCCGUAGAAUGUUGUUGGCUCACGUUGACUUGAUCGAAAAAUUGUUGAAUUAUCAUCCAUUGGAAAAGUAA